AUGAAUAACAAUAACAAUACUAUUUCAUUACAAUUUCUCCAAACUUCAACACCAAAAUAUUUUUCUUAUCAAAAAAAUAUUUUAGAACAAUUAGAUUCUUCCCUUUUUAUUAAUUUAAUUCGUUAUGGAAUAGCUGCAAAUGCUAUAGGAACAAAUGCUUUUAUUUUAUAUUUAUUUAUUAGGUUUCGAUCAUUACGUUCUACUCAAUGCAAUUUAUUUAUUGCUGCAAAUGCUGCUGUAGAAUUAAUUAUUGGUUUUGGCACAGCUUUGCGUGGUUCUUUUCAACUUUAUGUUUUGGCUAAUUCUAUAAUGAAGUUUAGUCAUUCCCUUUGUGUUUGGAUUGGGGCUCCAUUAACUGGAGGCUUUGCUGCUAACCAAAUAACAAUUUUAAUGUUAGCUUUGGAUAGACUUGCUGCUGUAGCACGUCCUCUAAAAUAUGGAAAUAAAAAUAAAUCGUUAGUUUUUGGAUCUCUUUUUCUUUCUGUAGCCGUUUUUGUGGGAGCUAUAUGGCUUUCUUUAUGGGGAAUUGAUGAUUCUCAGUCUUCUUCUACACAAUGUUCUAUGGGUAUUAAUGCUGGACCUUUAUUUUCUGUUAUUUGGUCGCUUUUUGCGCAGAGCAGUACUUUACUUGUUUUUGGUCUUUACAUUUCAAUGCUUGUUAUGUUUUAUAUGCAAACGGGAAAAUUAAAUGUUUAUUCUAGACAUAAAUAUUCUAUUUGUAGUGUAAAUCUGUGGAGUAUGCCUAGAAGUGAAAGUCAACAAUUAAAUAUACAACAAAGACAGCAACGAAGGUUAACAAUUUCUGUUGCUCUUAUUUUACUUCUUUACACAAUUUCUUGGGCUUUACCCACAGCAAUAUGGUUUGCAUUCAAUAUUUUGGAUCACGAGGAUCGAACAAGAAUUAAUUAUGUUACUUUUUUACAAGGAUUUUUAACACCUUUUGGGGCUGGCAUUAAUCUUUACAUUUAUUUGUGGAAACAUGCUGAGAUUAGGUGGAAAUUCUGUUAUUUGUUUUUAUUUGGAAUGGGUUUCCUUCCCUUUUUUGAGUCCAAUGUCUUUGGACAGAUGACCACAUCCAAUAAUUAUUUUUCCAGUUAAAAUCCAUUCUUUUAAAUGGCGGCCUCUUUAAAUUUUUUGCAUAAAUAUUUUUUAAUUUUCUCAGAAAUUCUGCUGUCUCCACAAUUCCUUGGCUUAAAAAUAUUUUGAGAGAGGAAAUGAUUAAUCCAGUUCCAUCAAGUCUUUUGAAAAGAAGUG